AUGGAUCUUCUUCUGACACCUCUUUCAGAAACUCCGUGGAUCGAAUCCAUGUCACCGCCGUCAUACCCACAGGAUAAUGGCGCGCAGCCAGUCCGGGACUCCAACCCGCCCACGGUGGCUGCCUUCUCACCGACGACCAUAACCGGCUCCUCCCUCACCUCCCGCCAGCGCUCCAGCGUAAUUGUUCAUCGAAAAUCCCCUCUGCUCGUGGCGACGCCGCCGCCCGUCACACGAGCGUUGGCCUAUUCCCAUCCGUUCAUCCUGCCCUUGAACAAGCUGGUCGGCCUGCUGUCAUGGUCCAGCGGAGACCCAUGGGAGAGCUUCCUGCUGGUGGCCGGCUUCUGGGCCAUCGUCCUGUACUCGGAUGCCAUUAUCUUGUGGGCAGGCCCGAUCCUCGUGGUGACUGGCUUGAUCCUGGGCAUGUAUUCGAGACGCUACUCCCCGUUGUCGUCCACUGGCCUGACGGGGGAGAAACACGGGCAUAGGCGGCAGUCCUCGGAGGGCUCGUUGACACGACACCACAAGAGCUUGGACGAGAUUGUCGAGACGAUGAGGGAGUUUACGACGCGAUGCAACAUCCUGCUGGAGCCCCUAUUGGAGAUGACGGAAUUCCUGUCCACACAGCAGACGGCGACCUCGGCCACGACCAGGCCGGCUUUGACGGCCCUGUUCAUCCGGAUUUUGUGUGUGACGCCAAUCUGGAUCCUGCUCACACUCCCUCCCUUUUGCAUCAUCACGACGCGCCGCGUCGUCUUGACUGUCGGCACCAUCAUCCUCACCUACCACUCCCGGCCGGCGCGAGUGGCGCGUGUCAUCUUAUGGCGGUCUCUUACGGUCCGUCGGAUCUGCAGUUUUCUGACGGGUCUCGACUUCUCUUCCGACGUGACCAGCAAUCGCGCCAGGGAAAGGACCCAAUCCCAGACGUAUGGACAUGCUACCGCGAUCACGACGAAGAACCGGGGUGGCGACUCUGCGGGCAUUCGGUUCACUUUCAUUAUAUACGAGAACCAGCGACGGUGGCUGGGCAUUGGAUGGACCUACUCCCUCUUUCCGCAUGAACGGGCCGCCUGGACCGAUGAACAUCUGAACCCGGUCCCGCCCAAGGACUAUUUUGAGCUCCCCGAAGUGAAGGGAGGGAAUGCCGUGUGGCGAUGGGUGGAAGGCAGUACAUGGCGAAUCGAGGGGGGAGAUGAUUCGGGAGAUGGAGGUGGGUGGAUUUACUAUGACAAUAAGUGGCAGGAUGGUCGGCGCGGACAGGAUGGCUGGGGUCGGUAUACUCGUCGUCGGAAAUGGUACCGCGAUGCCGAACUGGUCGAGGUGGAUGAGAAUGCUUCUGGCGAGAAGGCUGAAACAGCAGAUACGCAGGACGAUGCAGCCAGCGUGACUGCUCCUUCUACGUCGUCUUCUUCCACACGGAAAAGACGGUGGUUUGGCGGGUCCAAGGAUAUGAAGAACAGCAGCGCGGGGUCGAAGGGCGACACGGGCGUGAGCUCUGGGAGUUCACCCCCCAGCGGACCGAACGGGACUGCCUCGCGGCCUGUCAGCAUCCAGAACUCGCGCAGCGCCUCCUUCAGCAAUGCUGUGGGCAGCAGCUACGAUACGUAUAGCAGCAGCCCGGGGCAGAAGAGCGUGUCCAGUUCGCUGCGUCGGCGGAGAGGCAGCGGAACCGGAGGGAGCGGGGAGACGGACAGCGCGAGCAUCCGGAAGCGAGAAAUCGAAGAAGCACAGGAUCGAUAUAACCUAGAGAUCAGGGAGGUGAAUGCAUUUUCACAUGUGUACUGCACUGCACUCUACUCAAGCUGCAGGGGUAGUAGUAAUAUUAAUGCACUACCUAUCCAAGCCAGCCAGCUAGCCAGCCAGCUAAACAGUAUGAGGGGAGAAUUGCCUAGUACUGUACAUACAUGCACUUAUUCUAUCUAUCUAACCUUUCACUCUCUGAAGAAAGAAAAAUCGGAAAGAGAAGAAAAAAAAGGGAAGAUGAAGAUCAUCGCGGUCGAGACUCAAGAAUAA